CUUCCACCAAAACCAAAGUUUUCAAAAGCACAAAGGCGGGCGCGGGGGAACAAAAAAGCGGGAAAUUGAUUCCUGCUCUCUUUCCGCUUAUUUAAGCAGUGCUUCUGAGUUCUGAAGCCUCGUUUGGUAUGGCGCCAAGGAAGACCGCAUCGUCCUCUCCGAUCUCAAUCGGCAAUUGCGAGGUGACAGUGGAAGCUACCGGCUUCAGUUGCCGAUCAGAGCCGGACUCCCUCCAAAUCUCCCUCUCCAAAACAUCCAAAAUCACUAUCUCAUUGAAAAAACAAACCGAAACAAAUAGCAUUUCUGGGCAUUUCAAAUCUCAAGGAGGUGAUCUUUCGUUCGUGCUUGUUAAUCCUAAAGAUGCCAGUAGCUGUAGCAAAUCCUAUCUCCAGGAAGUACUAAAGAUGUACAUUAGGGAACUUCCUGCAAUGAAUUUCGCUGCCAAUACUGGAAAACAAUCAAUGUUCCUUGAAAGAUGCGUUACAAAUGGGAAAUACUGCACUUUGCUUUUGCAGUCUCAUUCUUUGCGUCAUUCGCAAAAGGUUAUAGCUGCUAUCACUUAUCAAAUAGUUCCCGCUGACACACAGUACGCUGAGAUACCUAUUGCUGCUGUCAGUUCAAUGUACCAACACAAGGGAUUUGGUAGCUCUUUGUUCCUGGAAUUGAAAAAGAGACUUCAAAGUGUUGGUAUAUGCACAAUAUUUUGUUGGGGAGACAAGGAAUCUGAAGGGUUUUGGCUCAAACAGGGUUUCGUAUCAAUAGCAGAGGUAGAUACUAAGGGUAGACGCUGCAGGCCACCUAUUAAAGCUGAUAUUCGUAGAGCAUUAUGCUUUCCAGGUGGUUCAACCCUCAUGGUUUUACAUCUUAAGCAGCAGGCUUCAGCAAAUACUCUAGACUCUUUGGAGUUGGGCGCUUCUUUUAAGCCUACAGGGAAUUUGUCAUCUGAUGCUCUCACCAGAGAGGACUCCAGCAAGUUGGUCAGCAGUGCAAAAUUAUCCAAUAUUGAAGACAAUGGUGAUAUAAACCACUGUUCUUCCAAACAAGGCAAAGUUGCAAAGAGAAAGGUCUGGAAAUCUUCAAUAUCAUCACUGAAGUCAAAAAAAGUAAAAGGAAGUCAUUGCUGUCAGUUUGAGUCUAACUCCACUGAUGGAAGUGAGUUUUGUUUACAACGAUGCUCCUUUGUUUCUUCCAAAGAUAAAUCUUUACUGGCAGAUCCCCCUAGAGAGUGCGCUAUUAGUUGCAAGGAAAAGAUUGCUGAAGAAUGUGGACCAGCUAAUAUAACACUAGAAACUUCAGUCCAGAAGGAGUUUCAGUCACAGAGAGAAUCCUUCAAAAUCAUGUUGAUGAAUAUUGCAGAUGAUGCAAAGAAAGCAAAUAUUACAAAGGUAAUUGAGGACCUUGGUGGGGCUAUUACAUGUAAUGGGAGUACAAGUACACAUGUUGUUACCGGGAAAGUGAGAACAACUCUGAAUUUCUGUACUGCUCUUUGUUCAGGAGCUUGGAUCGUUUCUCCCUUUUGGUUGAAAGAAAGCUUUCGUCAAGGAACAUACGUUGACGAAUCAUCUUACAUAUUACAUGAUGAAGAAUAUGUUCUUAAAUAUGGAGCUGAGCUGAAAGCUGCAGUUCUCAGAGCAAAAGCAAGUCCUCAAGGCUUGCUUAAAGGCUAUAAUGUAUACAUAGCAGCUCAUGUUCAACCCCCUGCAAAGAUGUUAUCUACCAUUGUCAGGUCUGCUGGUGGAAAUAUAAUUGGUGGACUGGAAAAAGUAAAUGAAGCUUCACGAACAAUAUUUGUGGCAUGCGAAGAAGACAUGGAAGUAGUGUUGGCUGUAAAGAAGGGGAUAGGCACUUUUAGCAGUGAUUGGCUUAUGAACUGUAUCAUGAGACAGGAGCUAGACUUAGAGGCCCCCCAGUUUGUAGAGUCCCUUUGAACGGAAUUGAUAGCUCGGUGCAGAUGGUAAAUGGUGAAUUAUAUAAUUGUGAAGUUCCUUUGAAGUCUUCUGUUGUUUUAGUUCUUUUACAUAGAGGUCUUAUUUUUUGGAAAAAAUUUACAGAAGAGGGGACGAUGUGCCAAAACCCCCGGGUACUAUCCGUUACACAUAAAUCAUCUCGAAAAUAUUAUAGCC